UUAAUUUAUUUUUUCCUUUUUCCUUAAAUUUAUUAAUGCUAAAAACAAAGGAGGAACGGGAGGGAAUUUCCAGAACCCAAACACUGAGAGGUCAAUGCUCAAACAAGCUGAUUGAAGAAACAAAAGGGGCGAAUCGAAAGCGAUCCAAAAAUUCAUAUCCAAAUUCCAGAGCAAUACGGCUAAGGGCGGCGAGAUCCAAGAAUGGGGUUCUUCGCCCUGGCCGUUGCCGGCGGGGGCUUCUGUCUGAUCGGCGCGUGGGAGGCACUCUCUUCCCUGAAUCCCAACUCCGAUUCCAAUUCUAAUCCAAACCCAUCUCCCCCAUCUCAAUUUCCGCCGCCAACCGCCACAAUCGCCACAUCUUCAUCGUCUCUCUCCUUCCUCUUCGUCUUCGUUCUCUCACUUCUCGUCAUCUUAAACUCCCUCGUUUCGUUCUUCGAUGCGCUUGAUUCGAGCGACCGAGUCGGCUCCGCCCUCCAGUUACCAGUUCUGGCGAUUGCUUCUCUUUUCUUCCUAUAUUCGAUUAUCGGUGUUUUGGUUAAUCUUAAGGGUUCAUUUCAUCUUCCAUCGCCGAUCCUUAGUUUGAUCGCCUUAUUCGCUUUUGUAGAAGAGUUUUUGUUGUUCUACCUGCAGAGGAAAGACACCAGUGGGAUCGAGAAUCGGUACUUCGAUCUCUUGCUCGUCCCCAUUGCGGUUUGUGUUUUCUCCACAAUCUUCGAAUUGAAAUCCCCAAAUUUGAAUUCCCCCAAAAUUCUUCGUGGGGUUGGGUUGAUUCUGCAGGGAAUAUGGUUCUUACAAAUGGGUGUGUCUUUCUUCACCUAUUUGAUUACAGAUGGGUGCUCUUUGCACGAAAAAAGCAGAGGAAAUUACACUAUAAAAUGCAAGGGGCACCCUGAAUAUCACAGAGCCAGAGCAAUUGCUACUCUUCAGUUCAAUUGCCAUCUUGCCCUUAUUCUGGUCUUGGUGGUUGGUGUAUAUUCAAUCAUCAUGUACAGAAAUGGAGGCGCUAGUGAUUUUACAAAUUACCGGCCGAUAGGGGCAGAGAUGCAGUCAUUCGGGUUUCAGGGUCAGUUCACUUUGGAUUCUGAUGAUGAUCUCGGGGAAGAAAGCAAUUCAGGGAGGACGAAGCAAGCGGUGGUCGAUGUCGGUGUGAAUGGUCUUGAUGCUCAUCAAUGAGAGUAGGUCGUGUUGUAUGUUAACGUUGGAGUAGAGAUGUUGUUGGAAAAGAUAAGAGCAGCUUAAUCUUGAAGAUUACUCAUUGCAUCAUCAAAGCAUGGGGAGAAACAAGAUGGUUAAGUAUUUUCUGUGAGAGCAAUGCAAUGGACGAUUUCAGUUCGGGUUUGAUAGCUUCAUGUUGGUGAUUCAAGAAAUCAGAAAACCUACUCAAUAUUUGAUGUUGGUUUGCUCUGUAUAUUAGAAAUCAUCAAUUUCAACAAAAAUCUCUGUAGCGUCAUGCUUUUAUGGCGUUUGAUCAUUUUUUCUAGUUCAACCAUUCGGAGAUCGAACAAUUGACAUCUAGUAGGUGUCUUUAACUAUUAACUUAUGCUUGGAUUGGCGGGUGCCAAAUCAA